CAGAUUUCUGAUUAGUGAUUACAAUUUCGUGCUGUAAUCUUUAAGUUUUAAUCGUUGAUUACUUGUAAUGCUAGUAAUUUUAUUCAGGUCCUGCAUGUCCAUAUUGCAAAUGCUAUGAUAUAGAUAAACUCAUAAAAUACAAAGUAUAUUCAUAUAAAAUGGCAGAUCAAUUGCUAAUUCAUGAUGACAUCAAGUUGUACACAACAUCAGAUAAAUUUUAUUUUGAACCAACAAUCAAUCCAACAGAGAUUUUGGUCAUUGAUAGAGUUACUGGGGAAGCUGUUGUCAAAGAUAUAAAUGCUGUUAAAAUCCCAAUACCAGCAAAUGCAUAUAAACCAGUUUGUGGUUUCCUCGGCUCCAUUAAACUCAUAUCUGGAUUGUAUUUAGUCGUGGCUAAGUAUAGGAUAUUGGUAGGAAAAAUUAAUGGACAGGAUAUAUACCAAUUGGCAGGUACAGAUGUGAUACCAUAUUCAAGAUCGACAACUCACUUAACCAACAAACAGAUAGAAGAUAACAACACCUAUGAGCGCAUGCUGAAGCUGGCUUUAGACACGCCUGGGAUUUACUUCUCGUAUGGAUAUGACUUGACGCACACCAUGCAGAGACUGCAUUCAGUCCCUCCUGAUUUCCACAAGAUGUCGCUAGCAAGUCGUGCCGACUCUCGUUUCCUAUGGAACGGGCAUCUCUUGAAGGACUAUUCACAUCAACAAUUCGCGAGAUUCGCUUUGCCUAUCAUUCAAGGAUUCGUGGCCAUAAACCACGUAACAGUGAACGGUCACCAGCUGACGUGGUCACUAUUGUCGCGGCGAAGCGUGGAGCGCGCCGGCACUAGACUGUUUAUGCGCGGGAUCGAUGCUCAGGGAAACGUAGCAAACUUCGUCGAAACCGAACAGAUAGUCGAAAGAGGUGGUGAGAAGUCUUCCUUCGUCCAGACUCGAGGGUCGAUACCGCUGUACUGGAGCCAGUUCCCCAACCUCAAGUACAAGCCGGCGAUGGCUCUGUCGCCUGAAGACCACGUGGCUGCGUACACGAGACACAUGAGGGACCAGCUUCAGAAGUAUGGAAAUCAAGUUCUGUUGAAUUUGAUCGACCAGCACGGCAAGGAGGAGGCUCUGGAACGAGGCUACCGCGCGGCCGUCGCGGCGGCGGCCCUGCCCUCCGUGCGCUACGAGCCCUUCGACUUCCACGCCGAGUGCCGCGGCAUGCGCUACGACCGCCUCGCCGUGCUCAUGGACCGCAUCGCGCACGAGCAGACGGAGUUCGGCUACUUCCUGUCGCGCGGCGGCUCGGUGCUGCUGCGCCAGGGCGGCGUGUUCCGCACCAACUGCGUGGACUGCCUGGACCGCACCAACGUGGUGCAGAGCCUGCUGGCGCGCCGCCAGCUCGCCGCCGUGCUGCGCCUGCUGGCCGUCACCGACCAGGGCGAUCGCCACCCGCACCUCGAUGCGCUGUUCAAUACGGUAUGGGCAGACCACGCAGACAUGAUUUCUAUUCAAUACUCCGGCACGGGAGCCCUGAAGACCGACUUCACUAGAACCGGCAAGAGGACCCGACUGGGGCUUCUGAGGGACGGGAUCAAUUCCCUCACCAGAUACUACAAGAACAACUUCUGCGAUGGUUUCCGACAGGAUGCGUUGGACCUGUUCCUAGGUAAAUACGUUAUAGUUGAAGGCGAGGGCAACACCGCCCUCUGUCCGUUACGUCGUCCUAGAGACUGGAAAUACUUGACAUUCCCGUCAAUCCUGCUGGUGGCGGUGUCGAUGUUCUGCGCCAGCGCCGCGCUGCCGUCCCGCGGCUCCACGGAGCUGCUGCUGUACCUGCUGUUCUGGGGCGCCACCGUGGGCGCCACGCUCACCUUCAUCUUCAGACACGGCAAGGAGUUCGUGGACUGGCCCCGGCUGGACGGGGCUCUGGCCGCGUCCCGCGAGCCGCCUCCGCCGUCCUUAUGA